AUGGGUGUCCUGGCGACGCCAUUUUAUGUGGCUUAUGCGAUCAUGACGGUCAUCUUAGCGAUAAAUCGUUUCGUUCAAUUAGCCUCUCCAACAUGGGACCGAUUGUUGUUUUCAUCGAAGGGAGUAAAGGCUUGGAUCGGCCUGGCUUCUCUAUCAUGUCUCAUUUACAUGAUCGCUCUCUCUUCUCCAUAUGCCAGUAUUGUCUAUUAUCCGGAUUGGUACAGUUGGGACUACGUGCACACUCCGCCAAACAAUCUCUCAAUUGUUGUUCAAAAAGUCGAGGAAGUGAUCGAGAUUGGCGGCAUUUUCGUGGCCGCUUUCUUCUAUGGCGGUGUACUUUUGCUCCUUUGCAGAACAAGACAUAUCUUCAAAUCCUCGAAAAACUAUCGAGUUGAAGCAAAAAUUUUGAUCCAAGCCGUCGUCAUCACUGUCUAUUGCACAAUUUUGAACGUUUUUUGGCAUAAUUAUCAGGUGCUUCUCCCAGCCAGUAUCUGGUCCUAUAUGGCGCUUAAUUUCAUGUGGAUUUUCAACAGUGGUAUUUAUCCGCUUAUCUACUUCAUUCUUAACAAAACGAUUCGCGAAAAGGUUCGUCGAGCCGCGAUCACUCGAGUCGAACUAUCACACGUUUUCAAUCGAAACGGCGAUCAUAAGGCGAUCACAACAACGACCAUUCCGAAAAGACCGUCUUGUAGUGGAGAAACGGAUGGGAGUAAAGUGUCCACAACGGUGAAACAAAAAUGGCGUAAACGUUUCACUGUUUCCUCUUCGCCAUUUAUAAAAACGGAAACGAUUCAAGGGAAAAUCCUCUUUCUCACU